UUCUCAGUUGAUCAAGUAAAAAGAACACUUGCCAGUAACUUUUAACAUGAUAAAUUGAGUUUGUCUUUACUGAUAUCAAACCAGAAUGCUUGCUGCUAACACCAAUCUCACACAAAGACAUCUCUUCUACUUCAUUAUACCAAUUAGCCUUGUUGAUGCUUGUUAAACCAACAAAUUGGGUUAAAAAAAAAUUUUUUUCAACGUCUAAAAGUAUCUCAAAAAACUUGAUUGUAUCAAUCCGAGAGUCUGGUUAUGUUAACCUGAUCAGUGCCUAUAGCUACUUGAGAAGGAGUCUGUAAAUCUGGAGGAGGGAGAUUCCUGUUCUAGAUUUCUUGUGCAAAAGAUCGUUUAGAGCAGCAAAAAUAUUCCAUUCCUUUCUCCUUAUUGUCUUUAAAACUUCAAGCUAUUCAUUCUUUAAGACCUGCGGUGGUGUAAUACAAUUCAUGCCAAGGGAAAAAAAUAUAUUGAAGAGAUAAGUGAAGCAGAAAACAAUGAUUGGCAUCAAGGAUUUGUACAGUGUUUUGACUGCAGUAGUACCUCUUUAUGUCACCAUGUUCUUGGCUUAUGCUUCUGUGAAAUGGUGGAACAUAUUCACUCCCGAACAAUGUGCUGGCAUCAACAGGUUUGUUGCAACCUUUGCUGUUCCACUUCUCUCCUUCGAGUUUGUUUCUAGGAUAAAUCCUUACAAAAUGGACCACCUUUUCCUUGCUGCUGAUGGAGUCUCAAAAAUUUUGAUAUUGUUAGUUUUGCUUUGUUGGGCUAAUUUCUCAAAAAAAGGGAGUCUGGACUGGUCCAUCACCCUUUUCUCACUCUCCACUCUCCCAAACACUCUAGUGAUGGGAAUUCCCCUCCUGAAAUCAAUGUACGGGGAUGACAAGGAAUAUCUAAUGAUUCAAGUUGUGGUAUUACAAUGCAUAAUCUGGUAUACUCUAUUACUAUUUUUGUUUGAAUAUAGAGAAACAAGAACUGUUGUCAUGAGCAAGUUCAAAGAAAGUCGUUUUAGUUAUCCUGAGAGAGAGGAGAAUUUUAAGGGAACUGGGGAAAAGAUUGGUGGAAACUGCGGCAGCGAAGAUGAAGUCAUUAAUGUUAUUGCCACACCACCAUCUAACCAACAGACAGCUCAAAACGUUAACAAGAUUGCACCUGAUCAAUCUCAGCGGUUCAAGCCUAUGGUUGCAGCUUCCAUGGAGGGAGAGGGUAAAGAGCUCCAUUUAUUCAUUUGGAGAUGUGGAUGUUGCAUUUCUCCAGAUGGGACAAGUACUUGUGAGCAGUCAGCGCAAGCUGGUCAAAGAGAAGAAAGCAGUGGAAAGGUAAUUGCCAGAGAAAAACAAGGUGAUGUCGAAAAUGCCAGCAUUCCCUCUUCUCUUUUUUCAUCAAUGAUCCUGAAAAUAUUGAGACAAGUCUGGUUCAAGCUUGUGAGGAACCCGAACUCUUAUUCAAGUUUACUGGGGCUAAGCUGGGCUUUAGUCUCUUGCAGAUGGGAUAUAAAGAAGCCCCAAAUAAUGGAAAAUUCAGUCACAAUAUUGUCAAGUGCAGGUCUUGGAAUGGCAAUGUUUAGCCUUGGAUUGUUCAUGGCUUUGCAACCAAGGAUCAUAGCCUGUGGAAAGAAGCUGGCUUUCUAUGGGAUGCUUGCUAGGUUUAUCGCAGGACCGGCACUAAUGGCAAUAGCAUCCAUUGCAGUAGGCCUCAGAGGCACCACUUUAAAGGUGUCUAUUAUACAAGCAGCAUUGCCCCAAGGGAUCGUCCCUUUUGUUUUUGCUAGGGAGUAUAAUUUGCACCCUGAUGUAUUAAGCACCGCGGUGAUAUUUGGAAUGAUAGUUUCUUUGCCUAUCACGAUUCUAUACUACAUUUUAUUGGGUAUAUGACGAGUCAAAUAUUAAUGAAACGAACUUGUUCACGGAUACCUUACGAUCUAGGUUCAUUCAGAGAGGUAGCUCCGAGAUUAUGGUCAACCAGAAUUCACAUGUUAGAAUAUCGAAGUUUUAUUUUGAGUUGAUGUUUAGUUUUGCUCAGGCAUGAAGCAGCACUGGUUUCUGACUAUGCCAAAUCCUUUUUUGAAGGGUACAUAUCAGGCAUUCCAAGUUCAUGUAUCCUGUUUCUAGUAAUAUAUAUGCAUGUAUAUGGUCAUGGAUAGACCUUAAAAAUUGUAUUGAAAAUGGCCAAUAUGAUUAGUAGACACAAUGAGUUUCCAUUUCAGGUGAUCAAUGAAUAUUGAGUUGCAUAUAUCUGAAUCAGAAUGAUCAGAAUUAACAAUUGCAUGGAUCACAGCAAUUCUAUAAUUUGCAGAAAAGUAUAUCAAGUUCUUUACCACACUCAAAUAAUUCUUUGAGAUCCAUUGUGCUUAAUCGGCAACUUAUUGAUUGAGAUUUCUUGCACUGAAAAAAAUAAACCAGUAGAGCAACAAAAGUUAAUGCCACUUGUUGGAAUCCUGAAGGAGGGACGGGCAUGUCUGGGCCACGAGAAGACAUGCAGGGUCCUGAUUAGUGGUUUCAAAUGCCUCGGCAUAAGCAUCUGCUUUAUGGCUCAUAAUUUUGGAAUGAUCGACAAGCAGGCA